AUGAAUCCAUUGUUGCUGCUGUUCAUGUUUUUGCUCGCUGCUAAUUGUGAGGCUGCAUGGCGUUCUACACAUGUUCAAAUCACCAACAAUCUGGACCCAAAUACCACAGAUCUGACCAUUCAUUGCAAGUCCGCGGACGACGAUCUAGGAGUUCAUGUACUUCACCAUCAAGAAUUCUACAGGUGGGAUUUCAAGAUGAACUUUUUCGGGGGCACACAGUUCUGGUGCAGCUUUCAAUGGCCUAACCAGUUUCAUUGGCUUGACGUUUUCAUAGAAGAGACAUUUAAUUGCAGGGACUGUAAAUGGAUUAUCAGCAAUGAUGGUCCAAGCUUGUACAACAAAAUUACCAAAGUUUAUGAUCAUAAGAAAUGGAACGACGAGAAGAAACGCACAUAA